GGUUGUUCGAACUCUGAAAUGCUGUAGUCAUUGCCACCCACGAACGUUUGCGUUCGAUGUAUCCGGGAUAGCGUUGCAACGGUUGCGCGCUGUUGCUGAAGAUGGCGCAGGAUACAAGCGGCCCUUUACCAACAUCGUGGAAGCCGGGGUCAAGUCCAGAAAAUCAGUAUAGACGAAGAUCGGAGACACCAGAGCUAGACACGAGCAGAGAUGACACUGCGAGACCUGGGAGACCGCUGGAAGUUUCUGGAAACAAUGAUAGUGGAACGUCGGCUCCUUUCGAUGCUACGAAGAUGUUUGUCGGUGGAUUGAGUCGGAGUACAAACAACGAGUCGUUGCGGAAGUAUUUUGAGCGUUUUGGGCCGAUUGUGAACGCCAGUGUAAAGAUGGACUCAGACACAGGGCAUUCACGAGGUUUUGGAUUUAUUGUGUUUCAGGAUCCAACGAGUAUUGACAAGGUUCUUGCUGUGCCUUCACACAUGCUAGAUAACAAACUAAUAGAUCCCAAGCAAGCUGUUCCUUUGGGAAAGAGGCCGCCGCCUGCGUCUUCUUCUUCUUCUCCUAGUCGUGUACAUCAGAAGCAACAACAUGCUGUUGUUGCUAAUCGUAUUUUUGUGGGUGGGUUGGGUGAUGCUACUGGAGAUCAAUUGCAAGAAUAUUUCAGUAAGUAUGGACCUAUCAGUGACAUUGACUUUAUACAUGACAAAAAAACUGGGAUGCGAAAAGGCUUUUGCUUUGUGGCCUUUGAGAUGCCCGAGACUGCAGAAGUCGUCACAAAAAAAGCGUUUCACCAAAUUGGUUCAGUCACAGUAGAAGUAAAGCCUGCAACAACUAAGGAAGCAGCACGAGCUCGGUGGAUGGAAAGAAAUGCUGGCACUCCUUAUGGUGGGAGCAGUUCCAGUGGUGGUGGCAGUAGUGGUGUUGGACCUGGUUGGGGAUCUGGCUAUUAUUCAUAUGGAGCUGGAUAUGGGUAUCCAUCUCCUUCAUAUGGCUACUUUCCAUCUGGAGGGUAUGGUGCAGCGUAUGGGUACCCUUAUAGUUCAUAUGGAGCUUAUUCGUAUCAGCAACAAGCUGCGUAUCCUUAUGGUAGAGGGUAUGGGCAGUAUGAAAGUAGUUAUGGACCUAUGAAGGGAAGUCAAGGGCACUCACAGGGGCAGACACAAUCUCAGGGACAAGGGCAUUAUCAUAUGUAUACUCAAGGGUCUGGUUCUGGUGGUCAUUCGUCUUAGGUGCACAGGACAAUUUCUGCUUGUUUCUGAGCUUUGAAGAUUCAGUAUUGUUUGUAUGCAACCAUUUGUGGCUUAUGACUUACAUGCAGUGUAGCAAGACUUGUCAUAUGGUCGAUGUAAAGGAGAAGAUGAUCUGUGCAUCAUCGUGUGUUUUUUGGCUCUACAUACAUGAGUUUCAGUAGUUGUAUUGUAGUGUUUAUUGCCAUGUCAUAUAGUAAGCUGUAACUGUUUUGAGACUCCA